AUUUUCCUAUUCUUAUUUGCCAAUGCGUCAUCGGUAUCGGGUUGCGGCAGUUUUGAUUAUUAUUGUGAUUAUUUGUCUCCUUAAUUACCAGAUUGAUAAAAAUCUACAAAAAGAACACGAGGAACACAAACUAGCACUGACCAAUUGUAUGAAAAGUGGACGAAUAUUCAACUCAAGUGUCCCUGAAACCAAAGACUUUGGCUCCAGCUUCACCAUAUCUUUUGCUGACAUCCAGAAAACCCACAGCUGGCUUUACCUACCCAAAUUUCAAAACUCCAUGAGCUCGGAGAUCCUUAUGAUAGUCGCUUCAAGGACGGAUAGCUUUGCCAGGCGGAAUGUUUUGAGGAAGACUUGGAUGAACCCGGAGAACAGUGAAAUAAUAAAAGAUGGAAGGAUGAAAGCCCUUUUCCUAGUUGGGAUGACAGAUGGGGAUGACUCGAGAAUGAGGAAGGUUGUGAUGGAGGAGGCAAGGAUCUAUGGGGAUAUGGUUGUGGUAGAUUUGAAGGAUACAUAUGAGGAGUUGCCGUUUAAGUCUCUAACAACUCUGCUCUACGGAACCAGCAAGGCUUCAGAGUUCAAGCUCAUCGGUAAAAUCGACGAGGACAUUAUGUUCUUCCCUGACAAGAUUCUACCAUUGCUAGAACAAAAUUUGAUAGACCCAAGCUCGGAGAGCAUAUAUGGAAUGCUUUUUGCAGAGGGAGGAUAUGUGUAUCGUGAUAAAGAACAUAGAUGGUUUGUACCUGAUUCAACCUAUGGGUGCGACAUGUUUCCUCCAUAUACCGGGGGCUUGUUCUAUCUAGUCACCCAAGAUGCAGCAAAGAAAAUCCUAAAUGCAACAAAGCAUAGGAUCUUUAUUCCGAUAGAGGACGCAUUGAUCAACGGGAUCCUUGCCAACGACUGUAAAAUUCCUAGAAUCCACCUACCGGAGAUUUAUGGAGAUCAUCAUUCGCUAACUGAUGAAGACACACGAGGAGUUCUUGCAUGGCACACGGGCAAAAACGAUCAGCAAUUUUUGGAUUAUUUUUAUAGAAAGCUUUCGGAAAGUCGUCUUAAAAAGAAGAUUUUGGAUGAGAAAAAUAAACAUUUGUUUUAUUAAUUGUAUCAUUA